AUGGACAGCCACCACGAUCCAAACACAAUACCCCCUAUCCCCCACCGCUAUCGAAACCCACAAACCCCUGAACCUCACCCGCCUCGGCGCUCUCUCCCACCUCCGUCCCGCCGCGCUGCUGCCGACGCCGUUCCCAGCUCGCCCGAGGUCAUCUCUUCCCUCAUCACCAGCCUGUCCGUGAUAUCCCAGCCAGCCGACCAGCAUUUUGAGCGCAGCCCACCGACCUUGGCCGUCCCCAUAACCCCUCGCCAAGGCAGCUUCGGCGUCGACUACGGCGCCUUCCAGCAACCCUCGACCGAGAACCUCCGAACGGACGACGUCUCCCUUGACGAAGUCGCUGCUGCCGCCCCCGUCAUCCGCACCGCCAAACCGCCCUCUGGCUUGUCGCCCUUGACCGCUCCCAAAUCCCCUGCUCGCGACGCCUCCGGUGGCCUCAAGUCCCUCUUGCGGAAUACCUCGCGGCCCUCGUCGAAAGGCUCCUUUGGAUCGCGGGACGAUGCCCACAGUAUAGGCAAUCUUUCGAUAGAACGCGGUUCCGCGCCAACCCCGGAACUCAGGCGACAAGGCUCGCUCGACAGCUGGGGCAGGAAGCAGGGCAGAAGCCACAGGGGCUUGAUGUACAUGAGUUCCAAGGAGCGGCUACGAGAAAAGGAAGAAAAGAAGCGCGCGAGCAUCGGCGAACGUAGUUCCAACAGCUUCACGACCGCCACCCUCCGACCAGACCCCUUCCUCGCCGAGACGCCCAUUCGCGAAGAGCCCGCCCACCACCCCCUGGAAACACCCACGCGGGAACGCCCCCGCAAGCACGAGAUGGCGAGCCCGAACUCGAGCCUGGAUCCAACCGCCAGUCCCAGAUCGAUCCCCACGCGCGAUUCGUCGCUUUUCAAGACGGGGGCCAACGCGAAGAGAGGAUCGGUGAGAUCCUCGCGGUCCAAGAGAGAGAGCGCCAACAGCAACAACGACAUCAUAUUCGAGGGCGAGGAGCAGACCUUGUCGGGCGAGGCAUCGCGGCGGAAAUACUUGGCUCGCCACGCCUCCGAGAAUGACUUGGCGAGGGUCUCGGCCGAUCCGUCCAUGAGGUCUUUCAGCCGUCCAUUGUUCCAGUCCAGACACACGGAAGACUUCCGGGCGACAACCGGACCGUUGGUUGAGGAGGACAUCGAAGACGGCGCGCCGUUCCCGGCUGUGGCUCAGGGCCGUCGCCGCGACGAACUGAUGGCCGACCGAAACAGACGGAAAUCGGCGCGCGAUGUGGCGGACGCAGGCGAAACCCUCAAGCUGAAGCGCAGCAGUUCCAGGCUCAAGCGGCUCUCGCAGCCAUUGGCUCCCAAGGGAGAGGAGCCAGCCCGGUCACGGAGCUCGGCCGCAGCAUCGCCAGACACCCGCAACAGCAUGCCCGCCGGGUACGAGCGCCCUCGCAGUGCAGACUCCGUUGACGACGCGGUCGAGUCGUAUCUGUGCUCUCCUCGACUGUCGCAAAAGAUCCGACACCCGCAGACGGGCCGGGUCAUUUCCUUUUCCGAAGUGGGAGACUCAGACGGCUCUGCUGUCUUUUGCUGCGUGGGCAUGGGGCUGACGAGAUACAUCACGGGAUUCUACGACGAGCUCGCGUUGACGCUGAAGCUGCGUCUCAUUACCCCCGACAGGCCCGGCGUGGGCGACAGCGAGGCGUACGCUGACGGAACCGCGACGCCGCUCAGCUGGCCCGACGACGUUUACGCCAUUUGCCAGGCCCUGAAGAUUACAAAGUUUUCCAUACUCGCCCACUCCGCCGGCGCCAUUUACGCGCUGGCGACUGCCCUCCGGAUGCCCCAGCACAUCCGUGGCAAGAUCCAUCUGCUUGCGCCGUGGAUCCCACCUUCGCAGAUGAACGUGUUUGGCACGUCACAGGCACUCCCGCCGACCAACGCGAUUCCGACUUCGCAACGGAUCUUGCGGGCGCUCCCCGCGACCUUCUUGAAGGCUGCCAAUAGCUCUUUCAUGUCGGCAACGAGCAGCUCCAUUACGAGUUCGCUACCAAAGACCCCCAAACGGAACAAGCGCAAGUCCACUGUGACAACUGGCCGGGACACCCCAGCGACGCAAGGGAGCAAGCGAGACACGACGCCCCACCUCGACAGGGAAAACCUGGGCCUGUACGACCACACCAGCACCGGCGACGACCUGUCAGGAAGACCAGCGCCGACGGCCAUGGAGAACAUGGACAGGAUUCGACCGAAUGGUACGGCCUCGGCGCAGGGGCACUUUGAUGCCGAUGCGCAGAUCCUGGCCGCCGCGUCGGACGCGCUGAUGGACAAGGAGCGCCAGACCAUCUACGACGGCAGGCUGACGCAUGCCAUCUGGGAGCUGGCGACGACGGGCGCCAAUCCCGCCGUCGAUCUGCUGGUCUGCUUGGAACGCAGGCACACCAUUGGUUUCCGAUAUGUUGACAUUACACGGCCCGUCGUGAUCCACCACGGCAGCCGCGACACGCGUGUGCCGGUUGAGAACGUCAAGUGGCUCGGGAAGACGAUGAAGCGGUGCGAGGUCCGCGUUCUCGAGGGCGAGGGCCACGGCCUGAUGGCCAGCGCCAGUGUCAUGGGCGCCGUGCUCAUGGAGAUUAGCAAGGAAUGGGACGACUGGCUGCGUGCCACCAAGAAGGACGACCGCGGACGGAAGACCGGGACGCGGUGA